AUGUCGUUCGUCCCAUCCGAAGUUCGACUGAAUCACACGUUUCUCGAUUGGGACAGAGAGUGGAUCUUUCAGAGACUGCCCAAGGUAGCUGUUGCAUCAUAAUUUCUCCGAAAAAGUCGAUAAAAUGCAGACCGAAGUGCAAAUCCCGCGUGAAUUCGAGCCCGACUGCGACGCGGACGCUAUUCCGAGCAACGCUCGUCAACAGCCAGAUCCGAACACCACGUGGAGCGAGACAGGCAUCGAUCAAAUUCAGAUGGGACCCAGCAGCGUCAAUCCUAAAAACUAAUCGAUUGUAUGAAUGAAUGCGAGAUAACAAUGUAUCGAUUGAUUUUAACAUUUUCAGAUGGGCAACGAACAAAGCGCCUCGUCGUCGGGUGGCGCCUCUAAUCCUCCCGGUCAGCAGUCAUCCUCUUCGUUCUCUUUUCUCACAAGAACAAGCACAAAACGCUCGAAAGGCAUAGUAACAGUGAAAGACGGCAAUAUUCCACAAGAAAAGAUAGAGGAUGAUGAAAUUUACAAGCGAUUCUCGGAAAUUCCCCGUUUUCUGCCCGUCAUUCCGUCAGUCAUCGGCAAAAAAGAGCCGCAAAUUAAUCACGCCGCUUCGUACACUCAUCAGAAAAUGAGUUCACGCCCGUUUUUCAAGUAACUCUUUAGCUUCAUUUUCGGAAUAAAAAACAAACUGUUCAGAUUGGCGACCCGUCUCCAAGAGCAUUUUGCAAUGAAUGCAAAAGCAGUGGCGGCGGACCAAUCGAAAAUUCCGGGCAACAUUAAAAGUGUCGAAGCGAAAAUGAUUCGAUUAUUCGAAGAAACGAAGGCUCAUAAGGCGAUGCACGACGGAUUCGUCGGCGCAUUGAGCGGUCUCAAUCAAUUACACGAGGACAUUUGCAGAAUUCAGGUAAGAAUUUAUGAGUUUCAUCAUCGAGACGUUCAAUUUUCCAGCUUCUUCUCGAAGAAAUAGUGCCAAUGGUCGAGACGCUCAACGAGAUUCUCGUGCCAGAAGAACGUCUUCCCCCUCUCAACCUCGGCUCCGUGCUCGACCGAUCGCCCGUUCCGAGCAGUGACAGUUCUCUUCAGAGCACGCCACGUCAUCAUGCGAUCGAGCCGAUCGAAGAGAUCCGAGUGGUCGAUAUGUCGAAAUGA